AUGUGUUUUGGGAAGAGGGAGGCGGGAACACGAAUUGAGGAGGUGCACGUGGUGGGUCACAGCCUGGGAUCUCACCUGGCCUCGUACAUCGGAUCUACGCUGAAGGACAUGGGGUGGGGGAACCUGGGUCGCAUCACGGGGCUUGAUCCGGCUGAGGUGCAUUUUGAAUACGCGGAUCCCCGCGUGAGACUGGAUCCGGAGGAUGCUCUCUUCGUGGAUGUCGUUCACACUGAUGCGUCUCCUCUCGCAAUAGGAGGUAAGAUGUGGAUCCUAAUCCUUCGAGUCUCGGCUAAAGGCAAUAUUGUGGAAAGACGUGGGCUAUUCCUCAUGACAGGUUUGGGGAUCGUCCAACCUUCGGGUCACGUGGAUUUCUAUCCCAAUUCAGGGGCUCGCAUGCCUGGUUGUGGUUUCUCUCUUCAAGAUUCCAUCGAGAGGAAGAAUGGUUCCACCGUCUACGGUAGGAAAUAUGAGACUUGA